UGCUGCGCGAUGUUUGUGGUUCUACAGUAGGGUACAAUAAGAAACGAAGCUUGGAAACCACUUCUGUUCUUCAUCUCUUCCCUCCCCUCUCUGGGGAGUUUAAAUUUCCCAUUCUCACCAUUAUUUUUCAUCACUUUCUCGCGAAAAUUCCAUUCAAAUUCAAAAUCAUUCAUUCUUUUUCCUCUCUUUUCGAUUCUCGCCGCAAUUCUCAUCGAUACACUCAACCCUAUUUCGUUCACGCUUUAAAAAAACCAUCGCAGUUUUGAAUUUAGGGUUUGUUUGGGAUUGGAGAUGGGUAACAUUGAUCGUUCCGAUAACCGGUCUUUUCAGACGAAUUUCACCGACGAGGGAAUAGCGGUGUUAACGGAAACAUUGAAUGAGAAACUCAAGGAGUUAAUGGGGGAUACUGAUGAAAUUCUUGUUAAUUAUGUUAUUGUAUUACUGAAGAAUGGUAAAGCUAAAAAUCAAGCGAAGAAUGAUUUGAAUCUUUUUUUGGGGGAUGACAGUGAUUCUUUUGUAUCCUGGCUGUGGGAUCAUUUGGCUUUGAAUAUAGAUUUAUAUGUACAAUCUAAGGGAUUGCAAGAUGAAGCUCCCAAAAGCAAGGUUCUAUCAAAGGCCCAAGCUGGCGAUGAUGAUUUUCAGAGUUUGAAUCAAAAGUCAGAAAGUGUAAAGUCUAGAAGUCGCCGUAACAAAGAUUGGAACGGUUUAGUGGGCAGAGAUGCUGAAGCACCACCCCUGCUGAGCUUUGUGGUUGACAACAUGCAUUUGGACAAAAAAGACCAAUCUAAAGUUAACGGUGGUCCAAAGGCACCAUCUCUUGCACCACCUGUUCAGAGGAAAAAGGGUUGUGCUGUUGAACAACAGAAGGUUCGGAAGAGGGGUUGUGCUGUUGAACAACAGAAGACUAUGAAGAGGGGUUGUGCUGUUGAACAACAGAAGACCAAGAGGGAUUCGGUUUCACAAGUAACUAUUGAUGCUCCUCGACGACUGCUUCAGUUUGCUGUGCGAGAUGCAGUGGCUUCUUCUAAUUUGGGCACAACAGUGGAACCCUCUUUAAAGCGUCUCCGUGCUGCAGUUUCUUCAUCCUACGUUGAGUCAUCGAUGGUUGAACAUCCUCAUAGGAUGCAGACCAUUUCCAACUUGGUAAAGUUUAAGUCCUCAGGAAGUGCAUUUGAUCCGAUUGAUUGUGAUAUUUAUCCUUCAUAUGGUAACGUGCAACUUGAAGAUAAUCAAUAUCAGGAGGAAAGCCCAUAUGGUAACGUGCAACUUGAAGAUAAUCAAUAUCAGGAGGAAAGCCCAUUUUUGUAUCACGAAAAAAAUGACUAUGAUGAUCAGUAUGCUGCAAAUAUGACGAUGUUGGAUUAUGAAACUGGUUUUCAAUUUGAAGAUAAUCAAUAUCAGGAGGAAAGCCCAUUUUUAUAUCAUGAAAAAAAUGACUAUGGUGAUCAGUACGCUGCAAAUAUGACGACGUUGGAUCAUGAAACUGGUUUUCAAUUUGAAGAUAACCAAUAUCAGGAGGAAAGCUCAUUUUUGUAUCAUGAAAAAACUGACUAUGGUGAUCAGUAUCCUGCAAAUAUGACGACGUUGGAUCAUGAAACUGGUUUUCAAUUUGAAGAUAACCAAUACGAGGAGGAAAGCCCAUUUUUGUAUCAUGAAAAAAAUGACUUUGGUGAUCAGUAUGCUGCAAAUAUGACUGGUGUUCCUUCUGAUUCUUCUUCAGACAAUGAAGGGUUUGAUGAUGUUAAUUUCAUGGGCAAUAGGGUGGGUAGAGUUUCUCAGUUUAGUUCUUCUGGUGGAAAGAGGGGUGAGUAUUCACUGAUGGGGAACUAUAGUGCAGCCAAAAAUGAUGAUAGUAUUCUACUAAAAAAGAAUAGAAACCAGGACCAAUCUGCUGCUGCACCUAACAGUUCCAAGAUAGUGAAUAUUUCUGUCAAUGUAAAUGCUUGGAAUCCACCAGUCCCAAAACAAUACGCAAAACCAAGAAAGGUUGCAGACUUAUCUGGUCACAAAACUUUAAACAGUGGAACUAGAGCUCCAAAAUCUGGCCUGAGUAUGGUGAAUGAGAAUGCCAAAACUGUGAAAAUUGACAGUGGAAAAGCGAAACCUACUUUGGAUUUGCUGAAAGUGACUCAGAAGGCACAACCAUCAACUCCCGGUACCGGUUCAAGUGCUGCUAGUUGUCCGUUAGAUGAUGCUGACUCUCGAACCAUUUUUGCUAGCAAUGUUCAUUUUGCUGCUACCAAAGAUGCCAUAUGUCGGCAUUUUAAUAAAUUUGGGGAAGUGCUAAAAGCUGUUAUAGUUACUGAUUCAAUAACAGGGAAACCAAAAGGGGCAGCUUAUGUGGAGUUCAUGUAUAAAGAAGCAGCAGAUAAUGCAUUAUCACUGGAUGGAACUUCCUUCAUGUCACGUAUUUUGAAGGUUGUGAGGAAAAGUACUGCACAACAAGAAGACUAUGCUCCAGCCGUGCCAUGGCCAAGUGGAGUUAGGGGAUCUCCUUAUCCUUCUGCAAGAUUUCUCAAAGCUCCCAUUCCAGCAGGUACUGCUGGGGCAUUUAGACCUAGGCCCCCAGUUAAAUUUGGUGCCAGGAGCUUGCAAUGGAAGCGGGAUGCCCAAGGUACUUCAUCUGACAACAGUGCGACUUUGAAUAACAGCAGUAUUUCUACACCUGUUUCUAGAGGUCUCACCUAUGUCAGACCAGAAUCUAAGCUAGAUGGCAGCUUGGGUACCACGCAAGUUUAAUUCUUCAAAAAAUGGUCGCAGACUAUAGUUGUUGCAUCAGAGUAGCUUAAUGUCUGAUGGCCCAAAAAACUAAGGAAAACAAACUAUUGAAUAUCAGGAGACACCCGAGGCUUGAUUUUUGGAAUUUUAUUCUCUGUACAUGUUGGAGGACAGUUUAGUAUCUAGAUAUUCAAGUUAACAAGUGAAGUUUAUUAGUGUCUAUUUUUCGUCUCUGGUUGUUGAAGCCACAGAUGAUAAGGACAUGAAUUUUGUUAGAAUGAAGAUGGAACUGUUGGGAUCCUGACAUGAAAUUUUCCUCCCAAUGUUAGCCAUACUGUAGAAGAGAAGUUUCUGGAUAUUGUUGAUCCUGACAUGGUCUUUUUUGUUGUUGGAUUGUCUCGUGUUACUUUGUAAGUACUGUUAGGGAAAGAAAAGUUGAGGUAAAAGGGGAAAACAAAACAUACGAGUAGCGUAUUAUUGCUUCAUUCAACUUCAUUGUGUACAUAGAUACUUGAUUCUUUCUAUGGUUACAGUUUGUUCUUGCGGCUAUUGAUGCCUUGCUGGUGUUAUUACUUACAUAACAUUCACUUU